CCACAUAGAGGUGAUAAAUUGAAGGAAGUAUGUCGAUCGAUAGGGAUGUAUUUGUCAUCGCAACCCUCAAGAAGCGGACAACAAUUGCAUCCUGCUUGCAUAAUUUCGCGCUAUAGAAAUUGUUAUCGUCUCUGUUGUAACUAUCUCCUAAUCUCCAUGGCAUCACCCAAAUUCAACUUACUAUUUAAACUCCAGCAAAUCAUCAUUGAAUCGAAGUCGAUCAAUCAGGGGAAAACGUUGAUCGUCCAUGGAAGGAAAAUUGAAUCAAGAUAAAUCCAGCAUUGAUACAGAAUUACAAACCAAGUUACUCCUUCACAGUGAUCAUGAUCAUAAGGGUGGUAUGAGAACCAUGCCAUUCAUCUUAGUGAAUGAAGCAUUCGAGAGAGUGGCGAGCUAUGGAUUGUUGCCAAACAUGAUCUUCUAUCUGAUGGAAGUUUAUCACAUGGAAGCUGUAACCGGAACAAGCAUACUCUCAGUCUGGUCAGCACUUUCAAAUGGUCUCUCCAUUUUUGGUGCUUUCAUCGCCGAUUCAUACUUGGGUCGGUUUCGGGUCAUUGCUCUCGGGUCUCUCUCUACCCUUCUUGGGAUGGUUUUUCUAUGGCUGACAUCCAUAUUCCCACAGUUAAGACCUUCAUCUUGCGAUGAACUCAAUACCAUUUGCAGCCCUGCAACACCAACCCAACUCACUUUUCUCUUCACAUCUUUUGGUCUACUCUCAAUCGGAUGUGGUUGCAUCAGACCAUGUUCCAUGGCCUUUGGUGCAGACCAACUCAACAAUCAUCCAACCCAAAACAACCAAAGGCUCAUUGACAGCUACUUUAAUUGGUUGGAUUUGCAGUUCCUGUGA